AUGAAAAAAAGAAACUAGAAAUAAUGUAAUAAUUUAAACUAUCAAAUAAGGUGAUUUUAAUAUUUCUUCAAAAAUAUAAUGUGCCAAAUUUGGAACAAAUUCAAAGAAAAUUAUUGCUAGUGGAGAUGACAAAAAUUGUGUUCAAAUUUGGCAAAUAGGAGAAUCGAAACCAAUUGCUGUAUUAAAAUGAUAGAAUAUUAGACUUUAAGUUCUUAAAAUAAUUCUAAUGCUUAAGUUGAAGUUGCUAGAAUUUGCUUUAGUUUUUGUGAAGCAGAAAUCUUCUCAGGAUCAAAUAGAGGAAUUAUUAAUGUCUGGGAUGUAGAAAACAAAAGAUGUAUUUAUUUUAGUUAAAUAAGUACUUCAAACACUCAAAGGACAUUCAGCUUGUGUGAAUGCUUUAUGUAUUUAUCCAUCAGAUGAAAAUAAAAAUUUAUUAUUCAGUGGAGCGUAUGAUACCUCAAUUAAAUUAUGGGAUUUGAGAUCUAAGACACCUGUAAAUUAAUUCAAAGGCCACACUAUGUAAAUCAAUACAUUGGCUGUUUCCCCUGAUUCUAAAUUAUUAGCAUCAGGAUCAAAUGAUGGGUCAGUCAAACUUUGGGAUAUCACUUAAGGAAAAUUGAUAACAUCAUUCACACAGCACGACAGUUAGAUUACAUGUUUGACUUUUAAUCCUUAGGAAAGAACAUUAGCAUCUGGAGGUGCAGAUCGUUGCAUAAGAAUUUGGAAUUUAGAUGGACUUAAUUAAGUAAUCAGCUUUAAAUUAUAUAGAUAUCUUAAACUAGAACAGAUUCCACACCAAUUCAAAGUAUUCUUAUUAAUGAUAAUGGAAAAAUACUUUAUUCAGCAACACAUGAAUCAUUAAAAGUAUGGGACCUUGAACAUGAUUGUUAAUUAUUAGAUAAUGUAGAAAGCAUGUGGAAGGGAGUUUAAGAUAUGAUAAUUACAUAAGAUUAAGAAUAAUUGUUGGGAUUGGCUUCAAAUCCUCAAUCUGGUUUUAGUUUACAUGGUGUUUCUUUGAAAUCCAUAGGUUUGGAUAAUAAACUUAAUGAAUAAAAAUAAACUGCUAAUACCAAUUCUAAAUAAAGAGGAAGAACACCUGAUAGAAGACAAGAAAUAGCAACAAUAACACCCAAAGUCUAAGAACCAGAAAUAAAAUUAAAAAGUAAACCAUCUUAAUAAAUACAAGAAUAAAAUUAUAUAAAUCAAGAUAAUUAAUUUGAAAAAUAAAAAUAACAUGAAGUUUCUAAAGAUUAUUAAUCAUUAUAACCAUAACCAAUGUUUCCACCAAUUCAACCUUAAAAUUAUAAUUCACCAUAUAUUAAUAAUCCUCAUAAUAACAAUAAUUAAAAUGGUUAUUUAUAAUAAUAAAUGUAAUAAUAAUAAUACUAAUAGUAAUAAUAAUAAUUACUUUAUCAAUAUCAAAUUUAAUAAACAAUUUAAAAUAAUUAGUAAAAUUAAUAAUAAAAUUUAAAUUCUCAACAAUAAGUCAAUUAAAUUGUUUAACCAAUAAAUAAUUAACCCCAAUAAAAAUCUAAAUAAUAAAAUUAAUAAAUUCCAUAAAAUUUUUAAUAAGAUUAUGAAGAAUAUGAUGAAAAUUUUGAAGAAGAUCCAGAUAUGACAACAACAAGUGAACUUACAUUAUCUUAAUUUAUGUUAGGAGAUCAUAAUAAUAAAGAGAAGUUUAAAUAAGUAGAUCUAAUUCAUGAGAUAACUAAAGAUCAUAAUAGAAUUAAUUAAAUUUUAUCUCAAAGAAUGAAAUAUAUGAAACCAAUUCUAUGUUGGUGGAUUAAUAAUAAUAUUAAAUCAGCUAUUAAUGCCAUAUAUCAGUAAAUAUAUUUAUUAAUUUAGAGUAACAGAUCCUUCAAUUUUGUAAGAUGCACUUUCUCUAUAUUCAUAAUAACCAAAGUUUAGUUAGAUUCCUAUAGAUAAUUUUCCUCUUUUAUUGGAAAAAGCUAGAUUAUUAUUAGAAUCUAGAUUUGCAUUUCAUAUCAAAACAGGUCUGGAUUUUGCAUAUAAAUCUCUUAGUUUAUUUAGAGAUGUAUAAUUUCAUAAAAUAAAUUUAGGAAAUAUUAAAUAUAAAACUCUUCAAUUAAUUAUCUAAAGCUGAUUUAGCAAGAGAAGAAAGAGUAUAGAAAUAUGAUAAAGUUAUUGAACAAUUAAAAAUAAUAUCACAAAUGCCUAAAAUGUAAAAAUUAAUCGAAAGAAAUAAAGAUGACUUAACUGAGUUGGCAAGAAAAUUUUAAUUAGACAUUGUAAGUUUGUUAAAGAAAAUUAAUACAAAUAUUGCAUAGAAUUGA